UCGGCCAGGCCAGGAGAGUCCAGUGUACAAGCGACGAGAACGGAAUCAGAUGGUGGCGAAGAUCGCGGAUUGAUAGGUCGCGGGGUGCAUGAGAGAGAGAGAGAGAGAGAGAGAGAAAGAAAGAACAGGCGUUUACGCGACGGUGGCUGGCAUAGGCUCUCUCUCUGGCAGGAGGACGGGAAUAUUUCUUUUCUGUGUACGCGUACGCGGAAGAUAGAGUUAACGAGGAAAAAAGGCGACAAAGAGAGAGAGAGGGAGAGACAAAGAGAGCGCGCGCGACAAGCCGCGAGUGAAACACGGCAGUCGACGAACGCGGACUCGUCAUCGACGACGGUAACGAAAUGAUCCUCUAGCUCCGUGCUUUCUGGCCUGGUCCACGCACAAAGGAAGGCCAACGACGAUAGGAAGGAGGUGGAGCAAGAGACGAAUCGUUUUCGUGUGUCGCUCAGUGUGCUGAAUAUAACGCUCCGUUUACAUUAUCGUCGGGGGACAGAAGUGCGCGUUGCCAGUGUUGGAGUACGGCCGCAGAGUGUGAAUUCUUUUCGCAAAAAAGAUAUCCGUGAGACAUUCAUCAGGGAGGCCCUCCCGGGGCACGGCAGACCGUUUGUCAGGCUCAGCUGAUCCACGCGCAGCGAGAGAAUCAAAAGGAGGACAAGGAGAAGGAAGAGGAGGAGGUGUGGUGGACGCUAACAGCAGCGCUGCGGGGCGAGGAAGGUCUCCUGCCGAACUCAGCAACGCGACGAUCGAGGAGCACCGAUAAAUAUGUCGUCCCCCAGCGCCGGCAAGCGACGUAUGGACACGGACGUUAUCAAACUAAUAGAAAGCAAACACGAGGUGACAAUCCUGGGAGGACUAAAUGAAUUCUCCGUCAAGUUCUACGGUCCACGAGGGACACCAUACGAAGGUGGAAUAUGGAAAGUAAGGGUUCAUUUGCCGGAGCACUAUCCUUUCAAAUCCCCUUCGAUUGGUUUCAUGAAUAAAGUCUAUCAUCCCAACAUUGAUGAAGUCUCAGGCACGGUGUGUCUAGAUGUUAUAAAUCAGGCUUGGACUGCCCUUUACGACCUGUCGAAUAUUUUCGAAUCUUUUCUGCCUCAGUUGUUAACAUAUCCCAAUCCAAUUGAUCCCCUGAACGGUGAUGCUGCCGCGAUGUAUCUUCAUAAACCAGAAGAAUAUAAGAAGAAAGUAGCGGAUUACGUCAGGAAGUACGCGACGGAGGAGGCGUUGAGGGACCAGGAGAACGGCGGCACCGGUAAUGGGAUGUCCUCCGAUAGCGAGUCCUCGAUGAGCGACUUCAGCGAGGACGAGGCGCAGGACAUGGAGUUGUAACCAAAUAUAUUACCAUCCGUACCCAUAUCCUUAAUCAUCUCGAUUCCCUGUAAGAUCCCCGAUCGGUCGUCCUACUACCAAAUAGAUGCUUACACCCCAGACUCCGAGCCUCACUUCUGGUGACGGCGACGAGCCCUUAUUACUUGUCGUUGCUCUCGUCGUCCGUCGCUCGUACAUAACCGGCUCGCGUCCCCUAAUAAACGAGACGGGGAGGGGAUUCUUAACUCUUUAUAAGAAUGAAAGCAACAGAAGCGAACGAGGUAGAAACGGAGAAUCGCAUACGGGGUUGUAUACUACGCGCUCUUCUAAUCGAGCGUAUUUUCGAAGAGCGUUUUCGAUCAUGAUGACCGAUGUCUCUUACAAUCGUUUGAAUUCUCUUGAGUUGAUUCCGUCAAUCGUUUGUUGCGUUCGAUUGCCGACGAUCAUGAAAUUAUAACGCGUCAGAUAAUGCGUAAUCUGUUCGCAUGAACGAAAUUUUUAGUCUUUGCAACACAGAAUCAAUUCUCUUUCUUCGAGUGCGGAGGAUAGAGAAAGUAAGAAAACGAAAAAGAGAGAAAAAGAGAAAACCCGUUACUAGAAUGUACGGGUUAUUUGCUGCCGGUUGAGAUCCGCAAUAUCGAUUCUCGAAAUUGCUCAUAUACAAUGCCUCGACAACCCUGGCAUUGAUCGGACGAUGCGUCAUCUACUAUGUUUAUAUCUACGAUGCAUUUCUGUGUGAAAAAUGACCGAAACACAAUAUUAUCGUAUACGACCAAGAAUUACACAGAAUAUAUUCGUCCGAUUAUGUUUUCCUCGUUUUUGAGAUUCUCUCGCCCUUGUUCAUUUCUCGUUUCUUCUUCCCAGUGCCGCAGAUGUGCUCAUCGUUGUGAUAUAUGAAUACACGUUAUCGAGAAAGAGAGAGAGAGAGAGAGAGAGAGAGAGAGAGAGAGAGAUAGAGAGAGAGGGAUAAAAUAAAGAAGCAUCGGAGAAAUGCGCCACGAAAAAUUUUAACAAGAUAAUUGAUCUAAUUUUAUAGCGAUUGCAUCUUCUCCACGGUUAACGACUCCUUUGCUUCUAUCUUAGACUGCGUUAGCAUCCAUUUAAAAAGAAAAAAAUAUAUUUCUGCAAAAAAAAUUACUAUUAGUCAUUAUUUAUUCUUCGCAUUUUUUAAACUUGAGAAAUACGUUAAAGAUUGCUUAGAGGAGAGAAAGAUAAAUUAUAUUUGUCACAUUUUUUUCUUUGCAAUUGAUAGAUCAGAAAAAAAAAUUACCGGUGCACAUGCCAAUUUUAUGGUUCUCCGUUAAGGCAGAUCUUUUGUUUAAACAACAGUGAGACACAUAAAAUGCGAUGGAGUAUGGGUACUAGCACCGUCUUCCUUUUUCCUGCCAUCACCAUUCCCAAACAUUUCCCUCGUAGGGCUUCGCAUCAGCGACCGAUCGCUACGUCGUCAUCGUCGGCGGAGAAAAGAUCGAAUCUGCCACACAAACGGCCGCACGACUGUGACAUGAACGAUGUCAGGAUAAUGCAGCCACCGUUCAAGACUGCGCGAUCGUGGAAUUAUUCCGGGAGAAUGAGUGCAAACGAGACUCUGAAUACGUUUCAAGCAUCCUCGGCGUCCUAUCUCGAACUGUGCGCAUCGGGCGGGCAAAAUGCGGAAGAGAUGCAAACAAACGAACCAGCAGGACCAUCUUCAUCGAUGUGUCCAUUCUUUGGAAGUGAAUUGUAAUCGGUCCCGAUGGGUGCGGAGCGGAUGCGACUCAACGAUCGCUCGCAAAAAAUUUUAAGUCAAUUUGUAUUAUUUUAAUCUCAUUGUUAUUUGAAUUAUAUUAUAGAUUUCAUUACAUAGAUUAAUGUUAUUAAUAGAAGGACGUAUAUAUUAAAUUAAAUUGGUUUGUUAUAAUAUUCUAAAGAAUAUUUAUAUUCUAUUAUUAUAUUCUGCUUUCGAAAUUGGGAUUAUCUUUGCGUUAAAGAAAAAAAGAAAGAAUAUCUAUUUCAACAGUCAUUCUGCUAUGCAGAUUAUGUUUUACUUUGAACAUUAAACUAAAGGAAAUGAAAUCAAAGAUCUCAGGGAAUUUUUGUUUGGGAAACAAAAAAUUUAUGGUUGUAGCAUCGCUGCGAGGUAAGAAAAACUCUGUACAAGAAAUGGAAAGCACAUGAGGAAAAAACAAUUUAUUUUUUAUGAUUGACGAUAUAUCAGCGAAUUUUUUGAAUUUUCAAAAAGAACCAAAUAGAGUAAAGAAUUGUGUUUGGCAGUAUAGGAAAAUUGUAAAAAAAGUUACGAGAAUAUAAAAUUGUACAAACUUUAAUGCACAAUAAUCUUUGAUCAAUGAUAUCUCGUUUCAAACUGAUCUCCCUCCUUUGCAUGAUUUACGUGUAUGCAAUGCGAUUACAACUAUACGUAAGUAUAGACAUUAUAUUUCAGUGCCUUCUCAGGCAGAAAAGCGUGCCUUAUUAUAUGGGUCUUCUGUGAAAAAAAAAAUUGCAUUGGAAUAUAUAAGUGCAUACGACGAGCAUUUAACGUAUUAACGAAACUGUGAAUAAAAUUGAUUAUUUUAAGAGCAUUGCAACUAAUAUAAUGUGUUUAUAAGACGUUUACUUUCGAAAUUAUGGAUAAAUGUGUUGAAAGCAAUUAGCUUUAUACAUACAAUAAUUUGAUAAUAAUUGAAAUGUUAACUGCGAAAACAUAAAAUGCGAAAUGUAAAACAUAAUUGAAAAAAAAGAGAAAAAGUGCGUAAGGAAAUGUGAAAACAUUUGAUAAAAUGAUCAUCGAUUUUCAGAAUUUGGUUAGAUACACUUUUGGUCGCUCCAUCUCUCUCUCUCUUUCUAUUUCUCUUUAUCGAAUUGAUAUCUAAUAAUUUAUAUUCCACAAUAAUUACAAUAUUCGCGCCAGCAUAUAGAUCAUAAAUGCAGUAAUUACAGCAAUUAAAUUAAAAUGUAUAUAGCAAAAUAAAAAUUACAGUUUUUUAAUCAA